AUGUUUGUUCCUCGUAUAGUUCAAAAACGUCCAAAAAGCUCAGUAGAUCAAAAGACUAGACAAGAAAAGCGAGUAAAAAUUAUAAAACAUGAUAUUAAGAACAUAAACAGUACUCUCGAAGAAGACAAUAAAAAGGAAGAAGAGACAAUAGAGAUUGUAACUGAUCUUGGUGAGAAAGUAAUUGAAAAUAAGAGAAGGGAAUCUUUAUCUUUUGAGGAGAUAGAAAAAGAUGAUGAGGAGCCAAUCAAAGAACAUAGCAUGCAGCAACGCAAUGCUUUACCUGGAGAGCCAAUUUGCGUGGUAUGUGGCCGAUACGGAGAAUAUAUUUGCGAUGAAACGGAUCACGAUGUCUGCAGUAUUGAAUGCAAAAAAAUAGAUAUUAAGCUCUCAAAAAUCACACCGGCAACAGCGGCACCGAAUAAUGCGCCGAUUGAACAACAAUCUCCAAUCUAUUAUACAUAUCCACAAAUUAUCGCAGCCCCAUUGCUACCUCUUUCAUUUCAAAACCCAACUUCUGAUCUUUUACACGUAAAAUUAACCGGUUAUUUCCCACAUCCAGAGAUAAGUUGUAUGACAGAAUCACAGCUAUUCUCAAUUCUUUCUAGAAAUCAAAUCAAUUGCUUGGGAAAACACAUUCCUAGACCUAUUCUGAGUUUUGCGCAUUGUCGACUACCUGAAAAAAUUUAUGAUAAUCUACAGCAGAUUGAAAUUCAUAAACCAACGCCUAUUCAAAUGGGUGUAAUUCCUGCCGGAUUGGCGGGUCGUGAUAUUCUGGCGAGUGCUGCAACAGGAUCAGGAAAAACAGCUAGCUUUUUAAUUCCAAUCAUUGUGCACUCAUUUGCAUUAUCACAAUAUUAUCAAAGCGGCGGCAUUAAUGAUAGUAAUGGGGGACCUUACGCGUUAAUUAUAGCCCCAAGCAGGGAAUUAUGUGCACAAAUUGAGCAACAUACAAAAUCUUUAAUUCAAGGAUUGCCUAAUAUGAAAACUGCUUUAUUAAUUGGUGGAUAUCCAAUUCCAAAUCAGAUACAUCGUCUUCAACAGCGAAUUCAAAUUGCAAUUGCGACACCUGGACGAUUUCUUGAUAUUUAUAAUCAGUGUAAAGCAGCUCAUAAUUUUUUUGCAAAUAUUCAUAUUUUGGUAUUGGAUGAAGUUGAUAUGAUGUUUAAAAUGGGAUUUGAAACGCAAUUAAUGGAAAUCUUGGAAAAUUUACAGAUUCCUUUGGGCUCGUCGCAUCGACAAACUUUAAUGUUCUCGGCUACUAUCCCAAAAAAUAUUGAAUCAGUUGCCUCCAGUGUUUUACGGGACCCUAUUAAAAUUCUUAUUGGUGGUAAUAAUAAAUUGGACGAAUGUAUGAAAAAAUUCGAGAAUUUGAGUGGUAACAAUACUAUUGCCAAUAACUAUUAUGAAAUGAUGAACACAAAUGAAACCAAACUAAAUAGCAUGAACAAUAAUAAUCCAAUUCUCUCAGUGAAACAGACAAUUCUUUGGGUAGAGAACAAAUCCAAAAAAAAACAAUUAUUCUCAAUAUUAAAUGAUCCAAAAUACUAUAACCCCCCUAUAGUAAUAUUUGUCGAGUCAAAACUCGGCGCAGAUCUAUUAUCAAAAGCGAUUGAGAAAAAAUGGCCAGAAACGCGAAUUGCAAGUAUUCAUGGAGAUAAAGUACAAGAAGAACGAACGCAAGUACUACAAGCUUUUUUGGCGGGUGAAUAUGAUAUUAUAGUCUCGACUGGGGUAUUAAGUCGUGGAUUGAAUCUAACGAAUGUUCGGAUGGUAGUGUUGUUUGAUAUGGCAGUUUCGGUUGAUGAAUAUAUUCAUCAGGUUGGAAGAGCCACUAACAAGGGAAGUCAAGGAUGGGCAGUUACUUUUAUCAAUGAGGAUCAUAAAAAACUAUUUAAAGAAUUUGUGAAAAUGUUAAAGAGUCAACCGCCUGGCAAAGUUACUCCACUCCCUUCAAAACUACUAGGCCAUGGAUAUACUCUAUUGAAAAAGUGA